CUUCUUAUUUGCAUACAUUUCUGAGCAGGAAGUUAUGCGCAGCACUUUUAGUCUCCGCGUGAAAAGGUCUUUCAUGCUAAUCUAAUUCAAUUCAGUUCUCCUUUUUCUUUCUUCUUCUCCUCGCCCUCUUCUCAGGGAAGGAAUAGUCAAAAAUCAAUGUUUCAACAGAUCUCGCGGUGCUAUUCGAGAUUCCCUAUUAAAAAAAAAAAAAAAAAAUAGAAUUGAUGCAAACAGCCUGUUCCUUCCGGGGUUUUGGGCUGGAACUGCAGCGCUUAGAGAGCCCGGUGGAAGCUGCUAAAGGCGGAGGCGGGGCUCUGGCGAGUUCCCCUUCCACCUUCCCCCACCCUUCUCUGCCAACCGCUGUUUCAGCCCCUAGCUGGAUUCCAGCCAUUGCUGCAGCUGCUCCACAGCCCUUUUCAGGACUCAAACAACCGCAGCCGCUGUUCCCAGGAUGGUGAUCCGUGUAUAUAUUGCAUCUUCUUCUGGCUCUACGGCGAUUAAGAAGAAACAGCAAGAUGUACUUGGUUUCCUAGAAGCCAACAAAAUAGGAUUUGAGGAAAAAGAUAUUGCAGCCAAUGAAGAGAAUCGGAAGUGGAUGAGAGAAAAUGUACCUGAAAAUAGUCGACCAGCCACAGGGUAUCCCCUGCCACCUCAGAUUUUCAAUGAAAGCCAGUAUCGCGGGGACUAUGAUGCCUUCUUUGAAGCCAGAGAAAAUAACGCAGUGUAUGCCUUCUUAGGCUUGACAGCCCCACCUGGUUCAAAGGAAGCAGAAGUGCAAGCAAAGCAGCAAGCAUGAACCUUAAGCACGGUGCUUUAAACAUCCUGAAAAAUGAGUCUCCAUUGCUUUUUUAAAAUAGCAGAAUCAGCUUUGCUUCAAAAGAAAGAGGCUUAAUUGUUAAAAUAAUAGAUUAGUUGGUGUUUUCACAUGCAAACAUUCAAAACGAAUAUGAAAUUAAAAUUUGAACAUUAUGGUGAGGAGAAUGGGAUAUUAACAUAAAAUUAUAUUAGUAAGUAGAUAUCAUAGAAAUAGUGUUGUUACCUGCCAAGGCAUCCUGUGUACACCAUUGAUUUUACAAAGAAACACCCUUCCCUCCUUUUUUGCCAUUAUUAUGGCAACUUAAGUGUAUCUGCAUCUCUACAUUAAAAAGGAGAAAGAGAAAUAACCUGUCUUUCAUUCCUAAGUUGCCUUAUUAAUUUUGGUGAACAAGAAUAUGUACCUUUUUGAUGCUAUAUUAUUGUGAUUAAAAAGUACUUGCAGGUAAUGUUUAUGAUAUGUUAAACAUUGUAAUUUCCUAUGGUAAUUAUAACAUUCCCAUUCUUUUGUAGAUGAAACUUCUACGUAUUGAACCACAGAUUUUCCGAGCUUCUAAAUGUAGCCUUUCAUUGCACAUUUCAGUGAUCAGAAUAGAUAUCUUUCUACACACACAAAAGCAAUAGAUUCAUUCAGUGGACAAUUUCCUUGUUUAACUACACAGCUAUGAUGGAAUGAUAUAUCCAAGUUCCUUCCCUCAGUGAAAUAUGCAUAUGUAUAUCAUGAAAGUGGGAUGCCAAGUAAGUUUAAAACGGCAUUCUCUAGCAAAGAGAUUAGACUUUUAAAUAGCUCUUAUAAAACAGGUUGAACAGGUUGGCGAUCAUUUCCCAAGAUUGGUUUCCCUUGAGUUUUUGCUAAAACAAAUCUUAGUAGUGCUACCCGUUUAAAACAACUCACAAUCGUAAAUGCUACUAUUCCUAAGAUAUCUUACCUUUUAAUUUCAGUUUAGCCAUGUAUUGUAUGAGUGUAUUAGUCUCAGCAGUGAGAAUAUUUUCUGUGCCUCUAUUCCAGCAAAAAGUAGAAGUAUCAAAUAAAAAGGGCAACUUUUAAAAUAUUAAGUCUGAAGACUUCUAAAAAGACAAGAAAUAUGGCCUAAAUAACUGCACAGAUUUAUAUAGUAAGUUUCUUACUACUUUAUUACCAAAAUCAAACACCUCUUACUUUAAAGUACGUUAUCAUAUAUAUCUAUUGUAUGCUGGUCUGUAUCUAUUGUAUGCUGGUCUGUACUUUUUGCCAAAAUCAACACAUAAUGAAGAGAUGGCUUUGUUUCAUGAGAUUCAAACUUGAUGCUAUGCUUUAAAAUAAACUCAGUACUUUUAGAAACAUAA